CAUCAGUUGCGCGUCGGGCCCUAAACGGAACGGUUCGAGAACUUCGGCAUGCGGCUGCUCUCGAGAUCGGAGGAGUGCUAGCAGUAGCCAGUGGACACACAAACAGCCAGCAUCCACAGUCAGGUGUUUGGCGCCAAGUUGCCCCAGAGAGACAAAUUGUUUAUCUUGUGUCAAGUGGUGUAUGGCCACCCCUUUGGCCAACACCCACUUUAGCUUCAACUCCAGUGAAAGUUUGUUGUCGCCAUACAGCCAUACAGCCAUCCAGCCAUUCAGCUAUCCAAACAUCUAGCCACUCCGGUGGCGUUUUGUUCUGCGGCUGCCAGGCUAACCGAAUUCAGUUGGAUCCUUGCGGUUUCGGGCGCCCGAAAUCGGAUGACAUUAUCUGCCACGGGACGCGGUGGUUCCUCGAGGAGUUGAGUCGAGUGUAGUGGAGUGGAGUCGCGUAGAUUCGAGUGGAAUGGUGCCGAGUGAGUCGGAAUUAAAAGCGGAGCAAGGCGUCGCACCUUUAGGCAUGCAUCUUUAAUCAGGCCCCAAUGAAUUUCCGCGCGAAAUGUUUACGGCCUAUGAAUAAGCAAUGAAAUAAGCGCUCACGGGCAUUUGUCAUUUGGCAAAGUGAAAAUUGAAGUGACUGUGAAAAUUGAGACAAAUGUGUUGUGCAUCGGCAGUCGAGUAUUGAAGCAAGGAAGGACCAAGCUAACCCGGCAAUCCCGGCAAUCCGGGCAUAAUUUCUUCUUAACUAGUCACCGCAAGAAAAGCAACAAAGGAUGGAAACUAAAGCUGGCUUAAGUGCGCUGGAGGAAAGGUCCCUGAAAGGUUCAGAGAAACUUAAAAUGCUGGACAUCACACGCGACAAGCCGGUGAAGGUGGCCGUCAAAGUGGCCGUUCCUGUGCGGGAUCACCCAAAGUUCAAUUUCGUGGGCAAGCUGCUCGGACCCAAGGGCAACUCGAUGAAGCGCCUGCAGGAGGACACCAUGUGCAAGAUGGCCGUUCUGGGACGCGGAUCGAUGCGGGACCGGCGGAAGGAGGAGGAGCUGCGGGGCAGUGGCGACAGUCGCUACGCCCAUCUCUUCGAGGACCUGCACGUCGAGAUCUCGACCUUCGCCGCUCCGGCGGAGGCCCAUGCCCGGAUAGCCUACGCGCUGGCGGAAGUGCGCCGCUUUCUGGUUCCGGACUACCACGAUGACAUCCGCCAGGAGCAAAUGUGGGAGAUGCAGGCGCUGACGUCCACGCCCGCACUGGGUGCCCACUCGCUGGAGGAUUCGCAUAGCCCCACCAUCAACAGCAGCAGCCAGGUGGGCGGCCCCACCAACUCCUCCUCCAAUGGGGCCAGUGGGCGUGGCCUGGGCGGCGGACUGGCCGACAUGGACACGUCCAACGAUGACAAAUCGGACGACGCCAGCGGCAUGGAGUGCCUGUCGGCAGUCGACAAGCUUGACUGCUCGUCCAGCUGCGCCAGUCUGGGCAUCAGUGGCAUCACUACCAUCAGCACCACCAGCUCAGAGCAUCCGCAUCCGCACCAGCACCACCAGCAGCACCAACAGCACCACGCCCACCUGCACCCAGCACACGCCCAUGGAAACCAGCAGCAGCAGCAACAGCAGGUCCAGCACCACCACAGCCACCAGGCGCACUUCCACCAGCUCCUGCAGCAGGCUCACGGAGGAGCCAGUGCCGCAGCGGCUGCCUGCGGGGAGCAUCUCUCCGGACAGGCGACUCCGGCGACGGCGGCGGCACUGCACACCACAGCCAUGGCAGUGGCACUCCAGCAUCAGCUGACAGCCGCAGGAAUCGGAGGACUUCUGAAGCCGGCCACCGGAGUGGGGGCCACCAUGGCCGGGCUGCCCACCACCCAGGCGGGAGCCGCCGCACUUCAGUUGCCCGGCGACGGGGAGUCAUCCGGAUCGACGCUCACGCUGCUGGAGCCACCGGGCACCGCACUCCUGCAUCCCGCUCUGCGCAACGUCAAGACCAUCAACAUUGGUGGCGGCCUGGGAAGGAAGCGUCCACUGCUGGGUGUUCCCCGCUCCGGUAUGAAUCCCACCAAGCGCACGGUGAUGAGCCUGCUGGCCAGGGCCAAGAACUCGCAGGCGCUGCACUCGGUCCGCCAGCCGAUGGUGACGGCCACCAGUUUCGCUGAACCCUUGCAGAUGCUGGCCUCGCCGUUCAUCAUCCCGCACCGGGCGGUGGACCAGCCGAUCCUGGCGCUGUCGAAGGAGAGCCUCGCGCAGGGCGUCUAACCCAGUGAGCUGCUCCACCUGCGGCUGCCCAGAUAGACCAAUCUGACCGAAUACCACCUGCCCCGCCUCACGCUUGGGAGGAUCAGCGAGAGUCUCGAGGAGAUUAGCGAAUAUUUCUAGGCGAUGUUUGCGUAGUUGAUGCGUACUUGUACUUGUACUCUCCCCGUAGUAAGGCUAUACCGAUCUUUAGGGACUAACUGUGAACUUAUCCGAGCGAAUCUCGAGCUCGUGCUACACGAUUUUAUUUUUUACAGAGAAUAAACGGAGCGUCUAUUUGCAA